GCAGUUUUAAAUAACCGCCUGGGAGCUUCUACCACUCUCUAUGCGUAUGACACAGGAACAGCUUUCUAAACAAGUAUAAUAGUAGUAUAAUAAACCUACUAGCUAUACCAACUACAGCCAUGUCUGUGAAUUAUGCUGCCGGGCUCUCACCGUACGCAGAUAAAGGUGUUUGCGGACUUCCCGAGAUGUUUGACAGUCCUGAGGAGCUAAAGGCGAAGGUGGAAACCCUCGCUCAGUUGAUAAAAGAAUCACAGUACCUGGUUGUCCACUCUGGAGCAGGAAUCAGCACCGCAGCAGGCAUCCCCGACUUCAGGGGCCCAAAGGGUGUGUGGACGUUAGAAGAAAAGGGGGAGUCACCUCACUUUGACACCACAUUUGAAGAAGCCCGACCCAGCUUGACUCACAUGGCCCUCUUGGGACUGCAGAGGGCCGGCUACCUCAAGUAUCUCAUCAGCCAGAAUGUGGACGGCCUACAUGUCCGAUCAGGCUUCCCCAGGGAUAUGUUAUCAGAGCUUCAUGGAAAUAUGUUUGUAGAGGAGUGUGAGAAGUGUGGCAGGCAGUAUGUCAGAGAAAAAGUGAUUGGUGUAAUGGGACUGAAACCGACAGGACGUUACUGUGAUGUUGUACGAUCCAGAGGACUCAGAGCCUGCAGAGGAAAGCUGAUAAGCACUAUCCUGGAUUGGGAGGAUGCUCUUCCUGACAGAGACCUGAACAAAGCAGAAGAUAGCAGCAGACGAGCAGACCUGGCACUGACGCUGGGCACCUCCCUGCAGAUCAAACCCAGCGGAGACCUUCCACUUCUCACCAAGCGCAAAGGAGGGAAACUGGCCAUUGUCAACCUGCAGCCCACGAAACACGACAAGCAUGCACACCUGCGUAUCCAUAGUUACGUGGACGAUGUCAUGAAACAGCUGAUGGAGCUGCUGGGAUUGGACAUCCCAAAGUGGGAGGGUCCGACUGUCUGCGAGAGCUCCAAAGCCAACUCUGAGUCCGCCACCGAUGUCAAACCACCGCGUGCAAUUACAGCAAAGAAAAAGGGGAAAAAGGACCUGAUUAAGGUGGAGAGGAAAAGAGACACAACGGCACUAACAGACGAUGGGAGUGUUAAGGAGGAGACGGUGUCAGUAAAGAGGGAGAGAGCAGAUUCCUCAGUGGAGAUAAAAGAAGAGAAAUAGCCUCAGGUAUUUCUUUCACAAACCCGUCCACAAAUAACUGAGGGUGCUUGGUUUGAUCAGAUUCAGAGAACAGAGAUUCUUCUCAUCUAAUGCCCUCUGGAGCAAAGACUCUUCUAGUACUGUAGCAUUUUUUUUUUAUACCUAAUACCUGAUUUGUACAUGGAGUACCUGCACUGCUUUCUGGCUGUAAAUGGACCAUAAUCACACUGUACGUUUCUAGGAAAAUGUUUUUAUAUCAGGAAAAAAGCAUUGUACUCUGAUGGAAAAAGUCACUUUACUGUUUAAAA